UCCUCUGCCUAUCUCCUGCUCUGGACUGUGACCUCCAUUAUUUAGGGAGCUUGGUUGGAGUAAGAGCAAACUCUUCCAUAAACAAACCCAAACUCGCUCCCAUUCACAUUCUGUAAUUUCUAGGCAGCAGAGAAACAAACAGUAGGAUGAGGGAUGCUCUUACUUUUAGCCUAUUGGCUUGCUUCCUCGUCUUGGUUGCUUCAUAUGAUGGGCCUUUGUAUGACCACACUGCUUACACCGAGUGUAAAAAGCAGCCACAAGAGGCACUUUACAAGGGAGGGAUUCUCAAAGGUCAGCAGCUUGUGAGUGUCCAAGGCCACAUUGUUGAUUCCGAAAGUAAUGCUGCUUAUUUUCCGGCUUUCAUAUUGCACAAUCUCAGCCAGGGCAUUUACUGUUUCUCCAGUUGGGUGAAGAUACAAGGUGCAGAAUCAGCUCUCAUCAAGGCAAGCCUAAAGACACAAGAUGCGAUUUACAACUGUAUAGGGACUGUCAUAGCAAAGCGUGGAUGCUGGUCAUUUCUCAAGGGUGGAUUUGUUCUAACUUCACCCUCUGAUUUCUCUAUUCUAUUCCUUCAGAAUUGGGACACUAGGGAUGUCAAUAUAGCACUUGCAAGCGCUUCAUUGCAGCCAUUUACCGAGCAGCAAUGGAGAACAAAUCAGCAAUAUAUAAUCAACACUCAAAGAAAGCGUGCCGUAACAAUCCAUGUCUCAGAUGGACAAGGCGAAAGGUUGCAAGGGGCAGCUAUUAACAUAAAGCAAGUCUCAAAAGAUUUCCCAUUUGGAUCUGCAAUAGCCAAGACCAUUCUCGGAAAUUUGCCCUAUCAAAACUGGUUUCUUAAGCGAUUCAAUGCAGCAGUCUUUGAGAAUGAGCUCAAGUGGUAUGCAACAGAACCCGAACAAGGAAAGGUGAACUACACCAUAGCUGACCAGAUGUUGGAGUUUGUUCGAGCAAACCAAAUCACUGCCAGAGGACACAAUAUAUUCUGGGAGGAUCCCAAGUACACUCCGCCGUGGGUUGGUGAUCUUACGGCUUCUGAAUUACAAUCAGCUGUCAACUCAAGAAUACAGAGCCUGAUGAGCAACUACAGAGAAGAAUUCAUUCACUGGGAUGUCAGCAAUGAGAUGCUUCACUUCGAUUUCUACGAAGAAAGGCUUGGUCGGAAUGCGACGUUGGGUUUCUAUGAGAUAGCACACAGGUCGGAUCCAUUGGCAACCCUUGUUUUGAAUGAAUUCAAUGUGGUCGAGACUUGCAGCGACGUGAAUUCCACUGUUGACACCUUCAUCUCAAGGGUGAGAGAACUCGAACGUGGUGGUGCUUCAAUGGGUGGAGUUGGGCUAGAGGGUCACUUUGCUGUGCCAAACCCUCCUCUGAUGAGAGCCAUUAUUGACAAGUUGGCCACUCUAGGGCUUCCCAUAUGGCUCACUGAGGUGGAUAUUAGCAAUAACCUUGAUAAAGUAACGCAGGCUAUUUACUUGGAAGAAGUAUUGAGAGAAGGCUUUUCACACCCUUCAGUGAACGGGAUAAUGCUUUGGACUGCGCUCCAUCCAAAUGGGUGUUACCAAAUGUGCCUGACUGACAACAAUAUUCAAAACCUCCCGGCUGGAGAUGUGGUUGACAAGCUCCUCAAAGAAUGGGAAACUGGGGAGGUGGAAGGUGAGACAGACGAGCAUGGUUCUUAUAGCUUUUAUGGCUUCUUCGGAGAAUACAAAAUAAGUGUCCAAUUUGCCAAUAGAACUGCAGAUUCAACCUUGUCACUCUGUCAAGGCGAUGAAACCAGACAUUAUAACAUUCAGUUGUAAUAUAUAUAUAUAUAUAUAUAUAUAUAUAUAUAUAUAUAUAUAUAUAUUCUUUAAUUUGGUACAACAACAUUAGAUUGUGUAAAGUGUCAUAGGAAAUCUAUUGUAUACACAAUACGUGCACUAAUAAUGUGUUCACAAUAGAGAUUGGUUCAAAAAAAUUAU